GUAGUGUCAGUGUGCGCUGUGUCCGCCGCUGGCUUCCGGUCUCAGUCAGUUUGAUGUUGACAGUGAAAUUUAUCAGAAAAUUCUGAAAAUCAUCGGAUUUCUUCACUUGUGUUCGUCACCAUGAAGCUGCGGAUCCGGCUCAACAGACAGUCGAGCCGGGUGGAGCUUCUGGGAGAAGAACCGACGGUGACGGAGCUCAGGGACCACGUCAGGGACACGGUGCUGACGCUUCAUGGACUCAGUCCAGACACGGAGUUCAGUUUGUCUCUGAACAGCUCGGAGCUGCUGGCGGACACGGGUCAGACGCUGGCGUCCUGCGGCAUCGUCUCUGGAGAUCUGAUCUGCGUCGUUCUCCCCGAGUCCGUGGCCGCCUCGCUCCGCUCCACCAGCUCCACCAGCUCCACCAGCUCCACCAGCUACACCAGCCCCACCUACACAACCAGCUCCACCAGCUCCACCUACACAACCAGCUCCACCUACACAACCUGCAGCCGAGCAGAGAGCCUUCCGCUGAUGGAGGCCUCCACCUCGGGUCAGUCCAGCACCAGCUGUGCAGCACUGACCCAGGCCCCUGAGGACCAGGUCCCUGAGGACCAGGUCCCUGAGGACAUGGAGCCUGAAGCCCCGGCCCCCUGCUGGGAGCCGAUGCUGUGCAGCGAGGCCGAGGAGGGGGAGGCUCCUCUGUCCCUGGAGCUGCUCCACCACAGCGCCUCCAUCACCAGCCCCAGUGACGCCGUCAUGGUGGCAGGACACCUCCUGAUGCUGGAGACCGGGUUCGUCCCUCAGGCGUCCGAGGUGAAGCCCGGUGAGAUGCCCGGCGGCUGGAGGUCGACCGGCGGACUCUUCAAACUCCCGUACACACACCCGCUGUGUGAGAACAGCCUGGCCGUGGUGGUGGGCGUGGUCAUGGGCCCUGUGCUCGUCCUGCACGCCACUCUGAAGCUCAAUGACUCCGUCGACACGAUUCCCAAACUGUGUCUGAGUCCGAGCAGCUACGUGACCGACGAGUGGCCAGGAGAGAGCGCGGCGGCGGCGUUCAAGAACCUGAGCAAACUGUCCCGACUGUUCAAGGACCAGCUGGCCUACCCGCUGAUCGCCGCCGCCCGAGCAGCGAUGGCGCUGCCCGUGGCGUUCGGCCUGGCGGCGCUGCCUCCGGAGCUGCUGCUGCGCGUCCUGCGGCUGCUGGACGUGCGCUCGGUGGUGAGGCUGGCGUCCGCCUGCCGGCACUUCAGCGUGGUCACAUGUGACUCCGCCCUCUGGAGACACCUGCUCCGCAGAGAGUUCCCUGCUGAGCUGUCGGGGAGAGAGUCCAGCAGGAGCACGGACUGGAGAGAGCUUUAUAAAAAGUUGCAUCAGAUCCGUGAGCAGCGCCGCGCCGCUCCUCGCCGCUUCCUCCCCCCCAACCACCGGAACCCCCGGGACAUCUACAGGUUUGUGCCCCUCCCCUUCACGCCGCCGCUGCCCGGCAUCAUCGGAGGAGACUAUGACCAGAGACCCCUCCUGCCCCCGGGCCUCCUGCCCCCGGGCCUCCUGCCCCACCCCCGCUUCGACCCCAUGUUCCCCCACCGCCAUCAGGACCGGGCCCUGAGAGGUCGGCCCAGUGGAGGACGCUCUGCAGACGUCCGGCGAGGAUUCAUCUGAUCCUCGAGACUCUGAAGGGUGUUUGUUUCCUGAAACACUUGAUAUGAAUAUUAUUAAUAAAGUAUGACGACGUGUUCAGGGUCUGAGGAAAAGAGACUGUUUCAGUUUGUGGUGAUUUUAUUGAAAACCUGCUGUUUGUUUAUUAAACGACUAAAAAGUGAA